AUGGUCAUCUCGAUAAGAUGUUACAAGCCGGAGUCAUCCAGCCGUCUUCCUCAGAUUGGGCGCCCGCCCCAGUUUUGUCAGGAAGAAGGAUGGCAGUGUAUACGCUGGUGCAUGGAUUAUAGAGCCCUCAAUACGGUGACGGUCAAGGACACGUACCCUUUGCCGCUUAUCGAGGAGUGCAUGGACACUCUGGCGGGAAACCGCUGGUUCUUUAAGCUAGACACUAACGCGGCUUACUGGCAGGUGCGGGACUGGCCUGUUCCAUGUGAUGUUAAAGGAGUAGACCGUUUUCUCGGCUUCGCCAAUUACCACCGUAGCUUUAUCCCUCACUUCCCCAGAAUUGCGGCUCCGCUUCAUGCAGUUACCGGAAAGAGCGGUUUCCGGUUGGGCGAAGAGCAGCAUAAUGCUUUCGCGGAACUCAUCCAGUUAAUCACCACACCUCCAGUACUCGCCAUACCUAACAGUACAGGUCAUUUCAUCCUGGAUACUGAUGCCUCGGAUCAUGCCGUAGGCGGGGAAUUAAGCCAAGUCCAGGGUGGUAGAGAAAGGACAAUAGGUAUGGGAGUGCUGUGCUAUCCGCAGAACAGAGCAGAUCAGGGCCGAAAUUUCGAAAGCGAGUUAUUCUGUAAGGUUUGUGCCAUGUUAGGGAUCCACAAAGCUCGGACCACACCUUACCGUCCUUCAGGGAAUGGCCAAGUAGAGCGCUACAGACGCAGUUCGCUCCUACGUCGAUGGGGUGAAGGUUCUGAUCAAGAGGAACCAUUUAGGGAAUGGUUUUCACAGAUUGGACAGUUGAGGUCAUUAUGCCCUGAAGUACCACUUGCUGCUCUAACAGCAACUUCAGGGCCCUCAAAUAGGAGAAAGAUAAUGAAGAUGUGUUUUCGUGCAGGAUGUGAAGUUAUCACAGAGAGCCCCGACCGACAAAACAUUAAGAUAUCAUCUCUUCAAAUACCAAAUAAUGACAAUAUUGAGUCUACAUUCAUGUGGUUGCUGAAUGACUUAAAAACAUUGAAAGAAAAGCUUCCAAGACACAUUAUAUUUUGUGAAACAAUAUCCACAGUUUCUAAAGUGUAUGCUACUUUUUACAAGUUCUUCAAUGAAAAUAAAGAACACUUUGAAAUGUAUCACAGUAAAACACCAGACACCAAAAAAGAUGAAAUCCGAGUGGAUAUGGCUAAAGAUGGACGUAUUCGAAUACUAAUCUGCACAAAUUCUGCAGGAAUGGGUGUGAACUUUCAUGGGACAAAUAACAUCAUACAUUAUGGAUUGCCAAGGGAAAUGGACACAUUUGUACAACAGAUGGGACGCGGAGGACGGGAUGGAUCAUUAGCCAAUGAACUUGUCCUUUACAAGGCACAUAAAGGUCACUUGAAAAAUGUGGAGUCUGACCUUGUCAAAUUAUGUAAAGAUAAUGCAGAAUGUAGACGCAAGUUAUUAUGUGAAGGAUAUGUUCAUAAAGCAGCAAUCAUAAUUCCAUUGCACAACUGUUGUGAUAUUUGUGAGCGAAAUUGUGAAUGCGGUCAUGCAGAAUGCCCAAGAACACACCCUGCAUUCGACCAACAUUCUGAGGAUGCUGGUUCAGAUGAAGAAGAGAUGAAAAGGAACACCAAUGAAAGUGAGAAAUCACUGUUGCGUCAUAAACUCAAUCUGCUUGAAUAUGAGCUUUCAGAUUUUCAUUCAACACCGAUGAUAACAGAUGUGAUCUGUGGACUGACAGAUGAGGUGAUUGACAACAUUGUGAAAUAUUGUGACACAUUAUUUAGUCCCGAUGAUGUCAUGCGAAAAUUUCCCAUAUGGAACUAUGACAUUGCAAUUAAAAUAUGUUCAAUUAUAUCAGAUGUCUUUGGGGAUACAGAUAUGUAUACAAUUGAUGAAAGUGAGGAUGAUUUUUAACAUGUUGCAAAAAUGGGAAAGUGUACCUCCUAUAUUUUUUAGAUUUGUUACAUGAAUUGUUCUUGAUGAUUGUUUGAUUUUUAGGUCACCUGAGUAAACUCAGGUGACCUAUUGCUAUCUGUUUUCGUCCGUCGUCGUGCGUUGUGCGUUGUCCGUUAACAU